AUGGAUGAUACUCUAUGUGGACAAAUUGAUCUUGUGAGGAAAUAUUUCCCCGAUGAUUCAAGCGAUACUUCGGCACCCAAUUUUGAUGAAAAUAAUAAUUUUAUGCAAUACUGCACUAAUAAAGGUUUAGAACAAAAUAAAUGCCAUACUGAUCUCGAUAAAAUUACGGUUGGAUUUUUAUGGUUACUUGCACAAUAUUAUUCUAUGUCCAUAGAUAAAAGUUAUAAUGAAGAUAGUACUAAUCCAUUUUUUCUAUAUAUGAUUUCAUGGUUUAGUUACAAAAUAAGGCAAAAAUCAAAUCACGAAAACACCCCAAUAAACGAUUAUUAUAAUAAUCAUGUAAAAGAUAAUGAUAAAUAUAAUGGUUUUACAAAAGAUGCUUAUACAUUUACACAACUUGAGGAUGUCUUAAAUAAAAAAAGUGAUAUUUUGAAUAUUAAUAUUGAAGAUCUGUCUAAAUUUUAUGAUGCAUUCAAAUUAUUAUGUAAUAUGUAUGGUAAUGUUGCAACGAAUACAAUUGACAAUACACUGUCAGAUAAUGCUACUAGGUUUUUUAAAAAAUAUACAGAACUCAAAGAUGACUAUAAUAUUGAAUAUACUACACGUAGUAAAAUAUUGCCUAUUUUAUCAACUAAUUAUGAUAAUUUUAAAAAUUAUUGUACUAAAAAAGGUUUUGAUUGUAAAGAUUUUCCAGAAAUAGAAACAAACAUUUCUGCACUAAAAUCUGGAUAUACAUCAAGUUCGUCGAUAGGAAAUAAAUUAUUUACAGUUUUAUCGAUAUUUGGUGCAAUAGCAUUCUUUUUAGGAAUUUCUUAUAAGUAUUCAUUAUUUGGAUUUCGGAAACGAGCUCAAAAACAAUAUUUAAGAGAAAAAAUAAAAAAUAUAAAGAAGAGAAUGAAUCGUUAA